AUGAGCAGAGAAGAGCGUAAGUCAUAUAGAAGGCCUCCACCCCCUAUAAUUGAAACUCACGAAAUUCAGCAUGGUCAAGGCCAAGAAGCUGCUCCAUUAUAUACAGAAGAGCCUAUUUCUAUUGAACCCCAUGAUUUCCGUAAUGAAGUUCCAACAUUAGAAGUCAUUUUAGACGCUCAGCGGACCCCUCAGCGUAGUGAGCUUGCAAGAAUGCCUCAGAGGUCUCAAAACCCUCGUUAUUCUUAUGAACACAGCAUACAAAGCGACAGUGGAAGCGUAUGGGAUGAUCCUAGAGCUCUCCAAAUGGAAAUAAGAAAAAAACGAAGGCAGCUUGAAGAAGCUAAGCGUAGAUGCAUGCAGUCGGAAAGCGAAUUACAAAAUGAAAGACUAAAAUCAACACUUUUAGAAGAAGAAAAUGAAAAUCUAAGGCGAGAAAUCAGGAGAAAGGAAAGAGAUAGGAGUGGAAACCAACAUGUUGAAGGAGAAAUAGAAAGAAUAAAAGCUAAUCUGGCAUAUAAAAUAAAAGAAAUAGAACUGAUGGCAAAAGAACUCCAAGCCAGCAAGGCUGAACGUGAAAAAUUAAAAGAACACAUAAAAAACACAUGGCAAGAAUUUGAAGCUUUCAAAACUCAAAGUGAAGAAAACGUAAGAUUUAGUUAGAGAAGAAGAUUGCAACAGACGCUAGAUGAAGUUUCUGCUAAUCAGAAUUUUGUGCCGCAAAGUGAAGCUAUUGCUCAAGUUUUGCAGCAGAAAAAUAAAAUUGCGCUGGAGCUGCAAAAAUCUGAAAAAAAAUCUGCAGAAAUGAAAAAAAUGAUUGAAAAUCUGAACAGUGAGAAAAUAAAGGAUAUAGAGACAAAAGAGAACGAAAUAAAAAGAUUAAAUGAGAUUUCAAAGAAACAAGAGGAAAUUAUAUUGAGUAUGAAGCAAGAAAAUGAGCAAUUGAAAAUUAGAAGCAAAACAGAGCAUAAAGAAAUACAAACAGAAAGACCACCGGAGAUUAUUUUGCCUCCUUGCAGUGAAAGAGAAGAGCCAAAGCCUGAAAAAGUGAGAAAAAUAAAUCAUGAAAAGUCUCCUGACAUUGAAGAAGUCAGAGAAACUCCAAUUGAAGAUAUAGCGCCACCUCCAAAGGCUGAAGAAAUGAAGUUUGAAUUUUCUGCCGAAAGGAAGCCUAUUGGAAGCCAUUUUGAAAAAAUAAACCAUGUGAAUUUAUCUGAUCCCUUUAUGAUGGCAGAAAAUCCAGCUAAAAAAAGCAAAGAAGAAACUAGCUACCAGGCAUUUCAGCCUAUUUCAAAUCUUUUUGAUGCGGAGUCUUUUGAAGAGGACAUAAAUCCUGAAAUAACUAGGAUUCCUCCUUCAGAAGCUAAAAGCGACCCAGAAGUGCAAACAUGGACUCAAGAAGAAAAUAAAGAAAUUCCAAACAAAAAUAUUGAAGCGGCAAAUUUCUUUGAAGAAAACACAAAUACUGACUUCUUUUUCAGCACUGGCGCAAGUGAUGCUACUAAUUUCUUCGAUAAUAUCGAUCAGUUUAGCGUAUCUAAGCCAAUUGUCCACGCUUCUGAGAUCAAGAACCCUCAACAAAACAUUAAAAAACCUAUUUUGGAAGCUCCUAAAGAUGAUAUUACAGCAAUAUUUGACCCUAAGCCUAAAAAAACUAUUUCGGAAGCUCCUAAAGAUGAUAUUGCAGCAAUAUUUGACCCUAAGCCAAACACUCAAUCUCAACAUAGCAAACAGCCUUCUCAGCAUUUAUUUAAUGAUAAUAUCGAGAGUCUUUUUGAUUCUAAGCCUCCACAAAAGCCUCAAAAGCUUGACCAAACUCCUAUAGAGUCAUUUAAUCAGAAUAUAGAAAGUCUAUUUGAUUUUACUCCAAAUGUAUCAAAUCCUUUUCAAUUUAAUGAAAAUAUUGAAAAUACGUUUGAAAUUAAAGAGCCUGAAACAAAUGCAUUAAACUAUAAACAAAGCUCUCCACCAGUUCACAAAGCUACUCAAGGUCAAUCGAAUAAGCAAGAAAACAGCCAGGCAUUUCAAUUUGAAGAAAGCGUAGCUGAUUUCUUUUCUAAUGUAUCCAACAAUAAAGACUCAAACAAGAAGUAUGGAAAUAUUCCUAGCAGUUUAUUUGAUUAA